UGCAUGUAUUAUAAAAUUCUAAAUUUCUUUCUCUUAUUAUCGCUAUUAAAUUUCGCAAGACUACACGUAUCGAGCGUGUUUGACGUAGUUAUUCGCUCAAGCUAUCGAAGGAGUAGUGCUUAUGAAUGAUGGAUAUCAAAAUUUUUUGAUUUUCGUAUGAAUGCUACAUUUUCAUAAUCAUGUGUUAAUAUCCUUCUGAUAAAAGGACUCUUCGUAAACUUUAAUUUGUUUAUAUAUUUAUGUUAACUGGUGAGCGUUGCGAUGAAGUAUUUUGUCUGUAAAUAAAAGUUUGGAAGUGAAUUAUAGAAGUCUAGCCACAGAAUUUUGCGAAAUUGAUUAAUAAUAUUUAGAAGGAUUUUCGAAUAACAAGGUUUUUCGAAUAAAUAAAGCUUCUUUGUCACUAUACAAAGUUUACAAGCAUUGUGAAUAAAACAAGAAGUCUUAAUGGUACUAUUUACACAUACUAAAUUUUGGGUGGAGUUUAUAAAUUUAUAUCAAAGUCUUCCCGCAUUAUGGAAAGUCCGUCAUAGCGACUACUAUAAUAAGAGACGAAGGAUUGAAUGUCUAGCAGUUUUAGUUAAAAAACUAAGAGAAAUUCAACCGAAUGCUAAUGCAAGACAAGUUAAAAGUAAGAUUAAUAAUCUAAGGAACGGUUUCCGUAGAGAAAUUAAAAAAAUAGAGGCAAGUGAAAAGUCUGGUGAUGAUCUGUAUGUUCCCACGGUUUGGUAUUUCAAUCAUUUGAAUUUCUUAAAAGGACAAGUGGAAAAAGCUUCAUCUAUUCGCCACAAAUUAAAUGACCGUUUCAAGAAGAAAAAAUCGACACAACAAAAAGUUUUAUCAACAUUUAUAGAUACUAAAUUUUGGAAGGAAUUUAUAAAUUUAUAUCAAAGUUUGCCCGCAUUAUGGAAAGUCGAUGAUAAGGAGUACCACAAUAGGAAACGAAAGGAUGAAUGCUUAGCAAUUUUAGUUAAAAAAUUAAGAGAAGUUCAACCGGAUGCUGAUGCGCAGGAAGUUAAAAAAUCGAUUAAUACUCUACGAUCCGGCUACCGCAGAGAAAUUAAAAAAGUAAAGGCAAGUGAAAAGUCUGGUGCCACAGGUGAUGACCUGUAUGUUUCCAAUGUUUGGUAUUUCAAUUCUUUGAAGUUCUUAAGGGCUAUUCCGGAAAAAGCUCCACCGAUUGACUACGCAUUAAAUGACAGUUCUAAGCAGACACAAUCCAAUGGGCAUUUACGAAAAAAAAACGAAGAAAGAAAUGAGAUUAUAUCAGAAGCUAUUUCGCAUCUGCCAAGCUCUAAAGAAAUAAAACUAGAUGAAGCAAAUGCUUUAAGUACUUCCUGGGAAGUUCAGUACAGGAAUUUGGAGCGCAAUCAGCAAAUAUAUGCCAACAAAAUGAUCAAUGAAGUUCUUUACCAAGCGACGCUAGGUAACUUAAAUGAAUAUUCCUAUAAAGUAAUUGAACAUCAACAACCAGGUGUAAGAACAAUUUCGUCAGUGGGUCCCAAUAUCCGAAGUUUUACAGUUUCUACAAAUACUAUACCGAAAUAUGAAUUAGAAUCUGAAGUAGAUGAACAUUCAAUAGAUACAAUUUUGUCUACUUCUCCAUAUAAUAAGCAUGAAUCUACAUUCAAAACAGUUAAACGAAAACAGACACGUAUACGAACAGUUUCAUCAGGGAAUUCCAGUAUGUCGAACUAUUCCGCUACUGUUUCACCUGAAGUUAUACAUGUAAAUUCAACCAGAUAUGCUGCGUCACCUUCUCCAGAGUCCUUUAGUCCACAGUUGGAUGUGUUGCAGCCUGAUGUAGCUUGCAACAACCUGAAAUAUGACAGCAUUUCAUUAGACGACUAAUUUUAGUAGUUCAUAUUUGCUUAAUUUAUUCAAUUUAUUUGUAUAAUACCUAAUUCUAAAAUAUGCAAAAUUCUUUA